AUGCUUAAAAGAGACAGCCUGUCAAACCUGCACAGCAAAGAAACAAGAAGGUUCUCUCACAAAAAGGAAAGUUUCAGCUAUGAUUACUCAGAAUAUUUGAAUUUGUGCCUGGGGGAGUACAGAAAUAACAUAUACGAUUUAGAUUUAAUAAACGAAAAUGAAGAAUGUAUGCGAGAGUUGGUAAAUUAUUAUAAUUAUCUGUAUAGGAAUUAUUACGAAAAUGUCAUAAACGUCUUUGAGAGUAACAACCCUAGCGAAAAGGCUUAUGCAAAUGAAAACUAUUCCGUGAAGCUGGACUUAUUGAACAAGAGGCAUGUAGAAGCUCUGUACAACAUCAGCAUUUUAAGUAUUUCAGAUAAACUCAAGUUUUACAUGCUGCGAGGGGCGAUAAAAAAAAGCAAAGACACGAAUGAUGAUGAUAAAAUUGGUCCAGAUCACCCAGAAAGGAGCAAUGAAAGCAGGACACUUAAGAAAAACUUAUUCACAAAUCAUGCAAUAAAGCCAAAUGAGAAUCUCACUGAUCGAAACAUUAGUGAUAGAAACCUUGGUGAUCUGCCGAAUAAAGGCCCAUAUGCUGAGAAGAACCCGAAAAUGUACACAAAUGAUGACUUAUCGUCCAAUGAUAUGAAGCGAGAAGAAGAAUUCGAUAUAAUCAAAUAUUUGUUUUACGUUAUGAGAUCAAUUGAAUACUCCCUAAGUUCAGAAAGCGGAAAUUUGUCCUCCUUUUAUAAUUCUCUUAAAAUAUAUUUCUUUCGGGACAAUGUUAAUGAAAACUAUUAUAAUAACAUUUAUUUAUUAACCCUGUGCUUACACUGUUUGGAAAAUAUAACAAGUAAUAUAGUCACAUUUGACAUUCGGCAGGUGGAAAAUGAAGAGCUAAAUGUAGCAGGGAAUGAAAAAAAUGGCUACACUUAUUCGAAUCCUGUAAAGAUGAAUAGCCUUCAAAACAACAUCAAAAGGAAGUACUCGACAUCAAAUUUUAGAAACCAUCCUUCACCAAAUGAGAUGAAUACAAAUUUCCAUCAAAAUAGUACAGUUCACAAUACGACAAGUUAUGUUAGAAGCACGACAAGGGAGUAUAACUCGUUCAAGAUAUUCAAUAAUAAUGUUUAUUUUUACAAGGUAUUUUUUUACGUUUUAAAUUUCUUAAACUUUUACCUUGAAGAUAUGAUAAAAGACGGCUCCCUGCUAUACUCUGAUAUGAUGAAAAUGCACGCAGAAAGUAACGUUCGCAGGAAUCGAAAGGAGCAAAUGCUGACAUCUUCUCACGUGCUAAAUGGAACCACAAAUAGCAAUUUACCAUCCUUUGUUGACAGCAAAGAAGAACUACUGUUUUUGGGAAAGAACAGAAUAACCUACAGUAACAUUUUGCUCAAGUGUUUAAACAUAAUUAACAAUUUAAUGAACUUGGACGCCCUGAGAGAGAAAAUUAUGAAUUCAAGCAACGAUCUUAAUGAGUUAAAAAUAUUUUUAUCGAAAUAUUACAAGUAUUUAAAUGAAUAUGAAGAUAUUGAAGUGUACAAAAAUUUCUAUAUCAGCUUGUACAAGACGUAUAUAUUCAUUUUCCCGGAGGAACUAGAAAAAGAAAACUAUUUUUCCCCCAUGCUCCUUUUUGAGAAUAUCGUAAAUAAUGGAAAUUUAAUCAGAAUGAGAACCAUUGUAGACACACUUAUAUUCUGUUUUAAUGAUAAAAAAUUUGUCUAUUUUUUUGAAGAAAACAUAAACAUAACGAAAGUCCUUUUCAUUUUUGUCACGUACUCGUCCAGAUUGUUAACGAAUAAACAAUACGAACUAAUUACAAACAUAUCCUUCCUCUUUUACAUUAUCUUAAUUAAAUUUCCAAAUGUGUCCAUAACCAUAUUUCACAUUUUAAAUGAAAAUAAUGAUUACAUUAUGAAGUAUAAUGAAGACAAAAAAUUCAAUUCCAUUUUUAGUAACAUAAAUGAACACAUAAACAUGCUGUUCUUAUCAACUAUUCAUAAAAACAAAAAUUUGGCUACAGUGAUUUCUCUCAUUUUUUCCAAGCUGAUACAUCUAUAUUGUCAAUUUUGCGCAAAAAAAAAUAAUCACUUAGACAAUGUCCAGAAUAACGCGAAUACUCAUUUCUCGGCAUAUGGAACGCAUCUAAAUACAAAUAACUACAGUUUAAGAAAUUUAAAUAGUUCUUAUAUCAAUGCAAAUGGGCAGAAUGCGAAUGUAACAGGAGGUGUAGGCAGUUUAGCGAAAAAUGUAAACAACUUGAAUUAUUCCUAUGCGUCGAAUAACGAUAACGAGGGAGGCAAAUUACAGAAGGAAAUAUUCUGUAGGACAUUUGACAAUAUAAAAACAAGUGAAAGGAACACCGUUAUCAAAGCUAUACUGAUUAAUCUACAUAUAAUUCCAGAUGUCUAUUCUUCGAGUGCCAUUUUUCCGGUAGAAGAAAAUAUCGAAAAAACAAGGUACAUCAUUGUCAUUAUUAAUUUCCUGUUUACACUAAUGAAAACGAAAUUUUACGAAACGAUACAUGAAAAUACUUUUGAAUAUAUAGAUUAUUUCAUUGAGGAACUGAAAAAGAGUGUCAAUAUGAAAAAUAUAAAAUUAGUUUGUGGAUACAUUUCUCUUCUGUUAAAUUAUUCGUUAAAUAAAAAAACCAAUAACUUAAAUGAAACAGCGGAUUUGAAGUCCAGUAUAUUUAUAAAAAAUAUUCAUUAUAACAACCAGCCGAAUAUUAUUAAAAUACACAAGGCUUUGUACGAAUCAGGAGCGCUAACCUUUUUGAUAUCGUCCUUGUACGAAUCUAAAGAUUCUCUAAUAAUUUAUAACUGUGUUUAUUCAAUAUCUUUUCUACUAUAUAAAAAGUCCAUCCUAGAUUUUGAUAAAAAUAUUGAACUUUCAAAUAUGAAAAUAGCCAUUUUAAACAUAGUUAGACAUUAUUACAAUUUAGACAGUUAUUUGGAAAAUUACACAGAGAAUUUUAUUGAUUAUAAAGGCUUCUUAAAAGGAAGUUCCAAGAAAAAUCUAGCACUACACGAAGAUGAUAAUUACAACACGCUACUGAACAAAUUAAAUAAAAGAAAUUCAUACGAAUUUGAAGACAUAAAUAAAAAAUACCUGUAUGAAGAGGAGAACAGGUACUUGCUAAACGAAAAGAAUGAUAAUUAUUUACCAAAUCAUAUGAACUCGAAUUAUUCCCAAAACUUAAGUAAAAAUAUUACUAGCAGUGAACAUAUAGGAAGUAAAAAUAUGUUCCCUCCUUUAAAGUACCAAUAUGCAAGCGCAAAUUACGAAAAUUCCUUUUUCCUUAAUUUCGACAAAAUAUUCUUCGAAACGAUAAAAAACAGAAAGAGCUCCUUCAACUUUUAUUUUGACACAAUAUACAACACACAGUAUUUAUUUAAUUUUUUGUUACACAAUUUUCUGUUCUAUUCGAAGGACGCGGAUGAAUAUUCCAAAAAGUAUUUGCUAAACAUUUUACUGCACAAUAACAUAACGAGAUCAUCUGACAUUAGUUUUUAUUCGAAUAAAAUAAAAAACCUAAAUUCGCAAUUUAACGAAUCGCAAUCAAGGUUAGAGCUCUAUAAGCAAGACCUCGAGAGGUAUAAAGAUGUCAUAAAUGUGCUAAACAAAGAAAUAGAAGAGAAACAAAAUGCGCACAAUGCCUUAAUUCAAAAAAUUAGAAAAGAAAACGAGUUGGAAAUUAAUAGAAAACUACAAGAAAAUAACAACCUGGAGAAUAUCAUUUCGCAAAAGAAUGACAUAAUAGAUGAACUGCAAAGAAAAUAUGAAGAGGUAUACCUGCAAAAGAAGGAAGCAGAGGAAGAAAAUGUGAAUAUAAAAAACAGAACUGUUUCUAUGGAAUCUUUAUUAAAAUCACUUCAGACAAAAUACACACAAAUACAGACGCAAAACAAAACACUAAAUAACAAAUUGACAGAUCAAACGAAUAGAAUUAAUGAGGGAAUAAACGUCAUUAACUCGCUUACUAGUGAAAAUGAGAAGUUGAAAACUAUAGAAGAAAACCAAAACAAUGAACUGGAAGGGACAUUCAAGAAACUGAUUGUUGUCGUUAAAGAGUUAAGUGACAAAAAGAAAGAACUGGAUGAAAAGGAUAAGAAUAUUAAAAAAUAUAGCAGUGACAUACAAGAACUGAAAAGCAUAAUAAGCAAGAGUGACAAUGACUUAAAGGAACAAGCAUUAAUAAUUGAUAACUUCACAGGGCUGAACAAAAACCUAAGCGAGGAAUUAAACAACGCCAACAAAAAUUUGGAAAUAUCAAAGAGAUACAUUAUGAAUUAUGAAAAGUGA